AACGAGGAAGCGGAGCUUUGAGAUAUCGCUAUGGCGGGAGCUAGGGUUUCCGGGGCGCUCCUUCUCGCGGUGUGGGGCUUGUCGUGCUUGAUCGCCGUCACGGCGGUGGAGGUCGUGCCGCUCAAGAAGAGGCCGCUCACGGCCGAGCGCCUGAGGUUAGCUGUGAAGUCCGUCCCUCGCAAAGCACACGCUCUUGGCUUCCACAAUGUGCGCGACGCGAAUUCGCUCACCAAGAACGGCAGCGUCCCGGAUAUCGAGCCGCUCAGGAACUAUCUCGACGCGCAGUACUAUGGUGAGAUUGGGAUUGGCAGCCCGCCGCAGGUGUUCACGGUUAUCUUCGACACUGGGAGCUCCAAUUUGUGGGUGCCUUCCUCGCGAUGCAUUUUCUCUCCAGCGUGCUGGUUGCACCAUCGCUACAAGUCCAGGAAAUCGAGUACUUACAAGCCCGAUGGUACUUCGAUUGCUAUCCAGUAUGGAACUGGGCAGAUGGCUGGAUUUUUGAGCACGGAUUAUGUGACCAUUGGUGACGUCGUGGUUAAAGAUCAGACAUUUGCGGAAUCAACAAGUGAGCCUGGGCUUGUUUUCCUCGUUGCCAAGUUUGAUGGCAUCCUUGGACUUGGAUUCAAAGCGAUUUCCAAGGGACAGGUUACUCCCGUCUGGUAUAAUAUGCUAGCCCAGAAACUGAUAUCGCAACCAGUCUUCUCUUUCUGGCUGAAUCGCGAUGCCUCGGAUGAGGAGGACGGCGGUGAAAUCGUGUUCGGUGGAGUCAACAAGGAUCGCUUUAAGGGAAAACAUGUUUAUACACCAGUUACCAGAGAGGGAUACUGGCAGUUCAACAUGGGAGAUGUGGCUGUGGAUGGCCAGAGCACAGGGUUCUGUGCUAAAGGAUGUGCUGCAAUUGCAGAUUCUGGAACUUCACUGCUUGCUGGUCCUACGGGUAUUGUGGCUCAAAUCAACCAAGCUAUCGGGGCUACAGGGCUCGUCAGCGAGGAGUGUAAGAUGGUCGUUGCUCAGUAUGGUGACUUGAUUGUGGAACUUCUUCUUGCACAGGUGACGCCCGACAGAGUAUGUGCUCAAGCUGGAGUCUGCUCUCUUCGUAAUGACAACCCACAUAUUGCGAGUGUGCUGGACAAGGAAAAUCAAAAGGUUGGAGACGACGUGCUUUGCUCCGUCUGCGAGAUGGCUGUUGUUUGGGUCCAGAACCAGCUCAGGCAAAACCGUACCAAGCAACAGAUUGAGGACUACCUCAAUCAGCUAUGCGAACGGUUGCCGAGCCCGAAUGGCCAGUCCGUUGUUGAGUGCGCGAAAAUCUCCUCCCUCCCGAACGUCUCAUUCACCAUCGCAAAUCAAACGUUCGAGCUGACGCCUAAACAGUACAUCUUGCAAGUUGGAGAGGGAGCAGCGGCGCAGUGCAUUAGUGGCUUUACAGGAAUGGACGUCCCUCCUCCAGCCGGCCCAAUCUGGAUUCUCGGUGAUGUGUUCAUGGGGGUAUACCAUACGGUGUUUGAUUUCGGGAACAAACGCAUUGGUUUCGCCAAGGCAGUCUGAAAAAAAGUGUUCUUAGUUGUAUUAAAUAUGCUAUAAGCUUUAUACAAAGAUGUCGCCGUCCAUAGGGUACCAGAUGGACGGCUAGAUAGCGACCAGAGAAAA